AUGAUUUUGAUCACAGACGGUGAAGACUCAACAAACGUUGGUGUUGAACACAAUCUUGCCUGGGAAAAUGACAUCGAUGUUUAUGCUCUUGGAGUAACUAACGACCCACCGGAACCUGUCCCUGUGUCGACAACUUGUGGCUGCGACAAAAUAGGCCAAAUGAUAUACAACAAUUAUUGGCUAGAUAUGAUCUUUGUUGUUGAUACCUCUGAUGGCGUAGCCCGCCAAGAUUUCGCAUCGACUAAAGUGCUUGCCAAGUUGGAGGAGAGAACGACUAAAGAGAUGCAAAGCAUUAUUAGUAAUUUUAAGCAAACAGGUGGACAAGGAGUUGAUGUUCAGAAGGGGUUAGAAUUGGCUCAAGAUAUGAUCACGAAGGAACAAGAAGCUAAACGACGUUUAAAUGUUAGAAAAGUAGUCGUGUUGAUUACUACAGAAAGUAUUGACUGUCGCCGUCAGCAAACGAAGUUUUUAAAGAAUAAAGCAACCGAUACCGAGACUCAUGUUAUUUGCCAGUUGGUAUCCAUUAUGGAAACAAACUGCUACUGUUUGGACGAUUAUACACAAUUAACAAAGAACACCGAUAACUGCGCCAAAUAUGCCGAAUGUUACCGCGUCAACUCAUUUUCGUUACCUCAAAACAUGGCACAAACGACAUGUGGAGAAGUUGGCGGAACACUUCCAAAUAUAGUCGGUUCCGAGAAGGAAGAAUUUAUAAACGAAUUGCAUAAAACUGCUGGAUUUUUCCCAUUUUGGAUAGACGGAACAUGUACGUCUGCAGAUACCUGCAGAUAUUCAGAUAACUCAUUGGUUAAAUAUAAAAACUGGUGCACAGCAAAAAAACAACCAAAUUUCGGCAAUGGAAAUUGUGUGUAUGAGGAUCAAUGCGUCGGUUUCAAUGUAGGAUGGUUUACCGGCAGUUGUGACGACUUUAUGACAGAUCGCUUCUUUACUUGUCAGGUUCCUGCAUGUUCUGUUAACCACUACUGUGAUUAUAACACUAUGGGAAAAAAGAUCAACAAAAAACCAAAGUUGCAUCUUAAGCGUCAUUAA